AUGCGUCUAUUAUCAUUUCUCUCAAUUGGCCUGGUUUUCAGCUGUUGGGGAGCUCAGGAAUCUGAAGGAUUCAUCCCAAAAAAAGUGAUCAAGAAACCACCGGCUAUCGAUGAUUCGGCAUUUCAUAAGCGACGAGCGUUGGAUUCCGAGGAUGGGGGACAGGUGAUUGCAAACCCGGAUGCUGAUGGAGAUCCACAUGGAAGACUUGCCGCCUGGAUCCGUUCCCACGCUAGACAUCACAUCCCUCUGAAACAUCCUCAUACCAGAAUCGACGUUUUUAUAUCAGCUGGAUUAUAUCAAAUUGUUGAUUUGGAUCAACGAAACAACCUGGCUACCGUAUCCGCGUAUUUCGACGUUCACUGGCAGGACGAUUUCAUAAAAUGGAAGCCAGAGAUUUUCGGAGGAAUCGAGAGAAUAUUUGUGCCAAUUAAAUGGAUAUGGAAGCCCGAAUUCUACAUGUAUCACUCGGUAUACGGUAGAGUUCCUGACUACGCCCCAGACGCCUCCGCUGAGAUUCAUUAUAAUGGUCGAGUCCGAAUGUUCGUAUCGAUUGCAUCAAAAAGUUUCUGCCCGAUCAACUUCAAACGAUUCCCAUUCGAUUCCCAAACUUGCUCGUUUUCGUGCGGCUCCUGGGCUUAUCAAUCCAACAUUGUUAACUUGGUGGCGGCUAAAGAAGAAAUCGCUUUAGAGGACUUUUAUGAUAAUCAGGAAUGGCUCCUAACCGAUGCACGGCUCUUCAACGGGACCACCCGCAACGUCUCGGCUGCCAAUGAGUCAUUUUCUAUGGUUUACAUGAAGUUGGACCUCAAAAGACAGAGUUUUUAUUAUGUAUUCAAUUUGGUUUUUCCGACUACACUGGUUUCCCUAGUAGCCGUCGUCGGAUUUCACGCUCCAAUUAAUGCGACCGGAAGGCGAGAGAGCAAAUUUCGGCUAGGUAUCAUGACUCUUCUCUCAAUGUCUGUGAUGCUCCUAAUGCUUGUGGGAGAGAUGAAGUUCGCCAUGGAAUCCGUCCCAGGACAACGUGGCAGUUUUUCGGAUGUUCCCUUAAUGGGAAUCUAUUAUAUGACACUAAUUUGUAUAGUGAGCAUUGCCACGUGCGAUUUCGCUACACUCACACCCGAUAGAAAUGUUGGCAAGAAUUUGAUUCCCAAAGAGAUCAAUUUCACUGAAGUCAACCAGGAUGCACCACUGCAUGAUGUGCUGGAGGGUACAUCCGCCGAGAAGACCCAAAAAAUCGAUUUAGUCGUGAAUCUGCUCCGUGAAAUCAUAAAUUUAAAGGAGCGAAUCGGAGCCGCCGGACAACUGGCUCCCUACUGGGAGCGAAUAAUUUCCCGAGCCGAAAAAGUGUCCUUAUCUUUUUAUCUCCUUUUAAUCACUAUCAAUGUGCUCAUGUUUUUGUAUCCCGAGUUGUGGUAUUAA